UUCCCGGACUCAAUCCCUACCACUGAUAGUCAGUGAUUAAGCUUCCGUGUAUUGCUUAUUUCAAGUCUUAAUUUUCUUUUAUUUUUGUUUAGGGUGCUGUUUGAGUGAUGCCAAAUUGUCUUAACUUGUUCAUGAGCGCCUUCAAUGGCGAUUAAGCUUUUAUCUUUAACAUUUUCAAGCAAAAUCCUCAAAUGGGUUAAUUUAACUGCCUGUAUAUCCUCACUUUCGUAUGCUAAUGCACUGCAAGUUACUGAUUAUGAAGCAAAGAUUCAAUCUUUGAGGAAUAAGCCACACCCGGAUAAUCUUAUCCGGGUUUUGGAUAGCAAUGGCCAAUUGAACUCUGCUGUGAAGAUAUUUAAAUGGGUCUCUCUCCAAAAAGGGUUUCAACACAGCUGAUACUUAUGGUAAGAUAAUUUUGUAGUUUAGGAGAAUGAGAAAGAGAGGGUGUAGUCCUAAUAGUAGAAGUUUUGAGAUAAUAAUUAUAAAAGGUCUUAUUUUGAGCAAUCGAGUGGAUGAUUCGGUUAUCAUUUUAGGCGAGAUUUUAUGCUGGAUUUGAGCUGAAAUGAAGUUUCUAUACCUGUAUAAAACUACUGUUUUGUAGGGAAAAAAAAAACUAGGGAAGGGAAUCCGACUGUUAAGGUUGAUGAGAGCUUCAAAUCUUUUGCCAGAUGGGUUGAUUUAUAGGGAGUUAAUUAGACGCACGAGUGAGACCCAUACGUUAGAUGAUGCGAAUUAUCUUCUUGAAGAGAUGAUGGAAAACGGUAGAACGCCUGCUGUUGAUGUGCUUGUUGAUCUAGUAGUAGGACUUUCUGCUAUGCUUGAAGGCUGCUGCAAUGCUGGUAAAGGUUUUUUGGCAAAAAGUAUCCUGGACAAAAUGGAUGAGAGAAAGAUAACUGAUUGUGAUUCUUGGAAUAUUCUAAUCAUAUGGCUUUCUGAUAAUAUGGCAAUAAGGAAAGCUGAUGAACUUCUUUGUAGAAUGUUUAUAUUUUCCAUAGUUCCUGACUCUGCGACAUACUCAGCUCUUGUUGUAGGCUACUGUUGGUUGAGAAAGUAUGAGGAUGACCUGCAGGCAUCAGGUUUGUAUCGAAAAUUGGGGUCUGGAUUCUAUAUCUUAUUAGGACUUAUGGAGGGCCUUUGCCAGGCAGGAAAGAUUUGGAGGCUGCUGAAGUAUUUCAUUGCAUGUCGAAGAACAGAUGCUCCCUCAGUCCUCCUCCUUACAAUAUGCUGAUAGGUGGUAUGUAGCAUGGGACAAGUGGGUAAAGCAAUUAGGCUAGAGGUUUUGCUUACAGUUCUAAUACUUCUUAUACUACUCUAACUUACACGACAAUCAUGCAUAGAUUGUCAAAAUUAAAAAUGGCUAAAGGACUAAUGGUAAUUCUCUCACAAAUGUUGGUGGACGGUUGUGUCAUUGAUGUGGAAGUAUAUUGCAUCCUCAUACAAAGCAUGAGUGCACAAAAUUGAACUAAGGAUUCUGCUUUCUUCUUCAAUUUGAUGGUUAAGGAGGGUUUAGUGCCUGACCGAGAAAUAAUGCAUACUCUUCUGUGUUGUUUGGCUAGCCAAUCUCACUUGCACAUGGUUAAGUAGGAUUGAUAAACUAGUUUCUAAUAGUGAUAUUUUGGAUUCAUCUAUGUAUUACAUACUAAUCAGCAGCCUCUGGAAAGAGGGUCUAAAAACUGUGGCUUCCCCGAUUAUUGGAUCUGAUGUUAGAAAAAAGGUUGGGUACCAGAUGCUACAAUGCACGGACUGUUGGUUGGGUCUUUUAUCAAAAGAAAUACAGAUGGUGAAACAUUUGCAUCUGAGGAUUACAUGCCAGUUAGUGUUAGCAACAUUCUCGUCGAGGGAUUGGGAAAUACAUGACAAGUUCCCAUAGUUGACAAUGAAACUGUAAUUAGAAAGUUUCUAAAUUACCCCGGUGGAAAACUCGCCAUGAUGGGAUACUAUUUGGAAUCGUAUUUUAAGGUAGCAUGAAGAGGGCAGAAAGAUUAUAAUCAGCAAAGGAUUGAGGUCCUAGGAAAGACUGGAAUUGCAACCUACAGGGCAGAGAUUGUUGACCAUUAUUUAGCAGCUGAAGUUCAUUCUUUGACAGUAAGAUUGUUGUUGCACUCUAUCCAACCACUUUUGCCACAGAAGCAGUUUUCAUCAAGUUCUAGUCAAUGAUGGAAACUUUUACCGGUAACUUGGUUAAAGAGUGACAGAGUUAUUACAAGUUUUCAUCAGCUGAAAUUCUCACCAUGGAAAUGGAAAUUGAAAUGAUAGAUUCAAGAUACAAAUUGGUGUAAAGUGACAAUAUAGUUAAUGACUAAUAAUAAAAGCUCUAAUUUAACUUGAUUGCUCAAAUGGGCAUACAUAUAUAUGAAUCAUGACUUAGCUUGUCUCUCCUA